UUCAAACUCCAGUUCAACGAAAUGGUUGCGUGGUUGUCAAUAUUUGCCCUUUGGCUCACACUUUUUUCCAUAUCCUUCACAUUUUUGCCAGUAUUCCAAGUUCUAGACUGGAGGAAGCGUGGUACUGCCGAUGGCUUCUCGUCAAUAAAUCUCGUCUUACCAUGUCUCAUGAUGGGUUGCUGGUUAAGACACGGUUUGAUGACUGCUGAUUAUGUUAAUAUGUUUAUCAACACUACCAACCUGGUCAUUUUCGCUGGUUAUAUUAGUGCCUUCGCUUAUUAUCAGCCAAGAAGACGUUAUUUGAUCGGUCAACUAACGGGUUUAUUCGUCUCGCUCUACAUGAUAUUCCAGUACGUUAAUGUACAACCUGAGCAUUCAGCUGCCGAUACAAUGGGAACGAUCGCUGCAGCAAUGCAAAUUCUCAGUCUCGGUGGACAAAUCUAUGAAAUUAAGCGUGCCAUUUCUUUUGGUCACACCGAAUAUAUACCGGCCGAACUACAAUUUGGAAUCUUUUUGUUGGUAACACAAUGGACCGUUUUCGGUAUUCUCAUCGGAAAUUACUAUAUUGCUGUAGCCAAUUUCGCUGCUCUCAUCGUCAAUAUAGCAACAUUGGCGAUGUAUCUCAUCUAUCCACCCCUUACAUGGCGAGUUCCAAUCUUCGGAACUGGACCUCAACAGAAGAAAACAGAAUGA